AUGGCGAACCAGUUGGUGAUCCUCAACGUGUACGACAUGUAUUGGAUGAAUGAAUACACCUCCUCCCUUGGAAUUGGAGUAUUCCAUUCAGGAAUAGAGGUAUAUGGCAGAGAAUUUGCUUAUGGUGGUCAUCCUUAUCCUUUUUCUGGAAUAUUUGAAAUUUCUCCGGGAAAUGCUGCUGAACUAGGAGAAACAUUUAAAUUUAAAGAAGCUGUAGUUCUAGGCAGUACUGACUUCAUGGAAGAUGACAUAGAAAAAAUUGUAGAAGAGCUUGGAAAAGAAUUUAAAGGAAAUGCCUAUCACUUAAUGCACAAAAACUGUAAUCAUUUUUCUUCAGCUUUAUCAGAGAUUCUAUGUGGGAAAGAGAUUCCACGUUGGGUGAAUCGCCUCGCUUAUUUCAGCUCUUGUAUACCAUUUCUUCAGAGCUGCCUACCGAAGGAAUGGCUUACUCCUGCAGCCCUUCAAUCUAGUGUCAGCCAGGAACUACAGGAUGAGCUGGAGGAAGCAGAGGAUGCUGCAGCAGCUUCCCUGUCAAACUCUGCAUCGGGAUCUAGAACUGGGCGCCACACCAAACUAUAA